UUGAAUACAUACUGCAGAAUAGUAGGCGGAUACACAGCCAAUACAGUAGGUGGCGGCCUACACCUAUUACAUUUGUUUGCCACAAUACCAAACAAGAAGUCGCUUUGACAACGAUUGCUUCUGCCUUAACCCAUUCUUCAGACAGACAUUACUAGUUGUGCAGAGUGAUGUUUAUAUACAUGCUGGUGUGCGACCGAAGAACAUUUUUUUUAAAGGUUUGAGUAACAAAUUAAUUAUGUUUGGAAUUAAUACAUACUCAAGAGUAAAACAAUGUCUAGUUCUUCAGCAUUACGCGAGCAGUUGUAUGGCUAUGAGGAAACGGACCAGCGGCAGUGUCGGACUUGAUCCUCAGCAUCGAGUCCAUCAUUUGAACCGCGAGCGCCGUUCCGUCUCAUCAGUUUGUCAUGACAGAAGAGAUUUUCACACUUCUUCCAAGUGUGCUGGUAAAAACCUGUUGAGGAAGUUUGUCAACAAAACAAAGAAGAAGCUCUGGUAUGAAACACCGCCCCAGGGGCCACCGUCCAGUCAGCUCAGUGCUCUGAAGCCACCUAAGAAACGAAGCCAAGAGGACAACAUGCGCACCAGAGUCCUCAACUCCAUCCUGUACAAGGCCAUCACUGAUCUACUGAGUUCCCCCGAAGUCAACUAUGAGGUCUACAACUACAGUGUGGACAUCUCAAGGGUGUCACUGCCUGCAGACUUCUCUAGUUGCCGGGUCUAUUGGAAAACCAGUGGUGUGUCAGAGAGGGAUGACCAGAUUCAGCAAGCACUGGACAAGAGCAGCCCUCGUAUAAGGUACCUCAUUAUGGCUCAUCAAACCCUUGGUGGUGUCCCUCCUUUGGUUUUCAUAAAGGAUAAACAGUACGCAGCCAUGUCUGAGGUUGAAAACCUACUCAAGAUGGCUGACUUUGGUCCUGAAGAUGGACUGGGAGAACAACUACAUGUAGUGGAAUCAGGACAGCCCACCACAUCUAAAAAACCUGUGCUGUUCGGGGUUGACCACGACGCUCUCAACAAACAGAUCCUGGACUACAAACUGAGGGUCAAAGACACUACCUCAAACACCCUGGCACCAGAGCUCACAAUGCAGCAGCUGGAGGUGCUGGCAGAGUACAGGAAGCAGAAGAUAAUGGAGAAGAAGAAGAAGUCUAAACGGCCCGUUGAUGAUGACAUCACUCCUAAGGAGUACCUUCUGUCCAGGCACAGCCAGGGUCAGGAGAGGGAGGAGGACGACGGCCGGGCAUUCAGCCAGGAAGACGACCAGGUCCGAGAACUCAUGGCUGAGGAGAGCAGGAAGUCCUAGAUCCUUAGUUGAAAAGGUGAAAUGUCAGUGACGAAACAUCACAACUAUCAUCUCCAUCACAGACUUUCCUAUUCGGAAGUCCAACUUGGGAGAGUCAUUCCAAGUGGUUUGUUUCGCCAUCGGAACCUUGUAUUUCUCACUUCCGAGGAGCAUUGGAAGGCAACAUGAAUGACCAGUGUUCUGGAGAUCCCCUCUCCUUACAUGUGUGUUUUGGUAGUUUUACACCAGAGAUCAGACAUGGCUGUAUUGUUUAUGUCAAUAAACACUUUCAAGGUA